AGUUUGCAUUACAGUAGAUAAAAACAAGCUCUCAGACAACGACAACCGAACAAACCUUGUCUGUCUGUCUGUCUGCAGGGGAAAUUUCAUUCUAAUAUACUCAAGAAACCUAGACACAUUUUCUUUGUUCCAGCAGAACAAAUUAUUACACUACUUCUCCUUUAAAACCCUUCAAAGUCUUGACAAUCCUUUCUCAAGAAAUUGUCGGAAGAGAGAAGAUGGAGGGUGGGAAGAGAGAAGUGGGAGGGCCGUCUAGUGAGAGAGAGAAGCAAGAAGUGGUGAUGGUGGUGAAGAUGGAAGAGGGGGCUUUUGAUGGAGAAGAAGAAGAAGAUGAUGAUGAUGAUGGUGAGCUUCAAGAGGGUAAAGGGGUUGUUGAUAAUUUUGUUCCUGGUCCUCUUCUUCCUCUCAAAGAUCAGAUUGAGAAAGAUAAGGAAGAUGAGAGUUUAAGGAGGUGGAAAGAGAAGCUUCUUGGUUGCCUUGAAAGCGAUCUGAAUGGGCAAAUGGAGCCUGAAGUUAGGUUUCAUUCAAUUGGGAUCCUAUCCUCUGAUUUUGGGGAAAUUAGUACUCCAUUUCCAAUGAAUGAAGAACAGCGCAAACGUGUGCUCUUUACUCUCCAGGAGGGCUCUGAUUAUCGGCUUAAGCUGACAUUCUCUGUUCUUCAUAACAUUGUAUCUGGCCUAGCGUACACGAAUACUGUCUGGAAGGCUGGACUUAAAGUUGAUCAAAGCAGAGGAAUGCUGGGCACUUUUGCCCCUCAACGAGAACCGUAUGUGCACACCUUAGAGGAAGAAACUACUCCGUCUGGGGUCCUUGCACGAGGUGUCUACACAGCCAAGCUAAAGUUCGAAGACGACGACAAGAGACUCCAUAUGGAGCUUGAUUACUCCUUUGAGAUACGAAAAAGAAGUUAGCUUAGUCGAUAGUCAGUUGUUUUAGGCGUUCUCUGGAUGUGAAUGGACAGAAAAGGUUUCUUGGCUUCUAAAUGUUUCUUCAUUGUUUGGAGCACUUUGAAUCUGAACCGAAUAUAUGAAUUACUGUCAGCAUUCCUCUCGUCUACAUGUUUUUGAUUUUGGGUCUGUCCUUAAUUUCAGACAU